UUGUUGACAUUGUUUUGUUUUUUUAGAGACUGGAAGCACCACGGCCUUCCUCCGCGCAUUCGGUUGUUUUCGAGCUUCCUAAAUUCACAAUGGAAGAUGUUUUCAGACUCGAGAGGCUUUCUUUGGUCUCCAAGAUAUGCGUGGAGUUGGAGAAUCACUUAGGAAUCAACGAUAAAGAUGUUGCGGAGUUCAUCAUUGCCCUGGCAGAGAAGAGCAAACGCCUUGACAAGUUCAAAAAGGAGCUUGAGGAAAAUGGAGGAGACCAGUUUGCGGAUUCAUUUGUGGAAAGUCUGUGGAGGUUGAUCCAGCACAUGAUGCCAUCCCUCACGGCUGGUCCUUUGCCAGAAAAGAUAAAGGAAGAGCCAGGGAAGCCAAAGACAGAGAAGGACUGGAAACGGGAAAUGCUGCCCUUCUUGGCCUUGCCCAACGACCCCAAAGUACUCAACAUGCUGGAUGAUGAGCUCAAGCCCAAGGUGAAGGAGGAGCCCCAGGCAGAACUCUGUCUCAAGAAUGGCAGUAACAAGGAGAAAGAGAAGAAGAAAAAGAAGAAGAAAGACAAAGACCGUGAACGGGAGAAGGAGGACAAGCAAGAUAGGAAGGUGAAGCCUGACCCAUCGCUGGAGGUGGAUGACCUGAUGGCCUUUCUGGAGUCGCAUGCUCCCUCCAAGCAGAAUACCAAGGCCAGAAGCAAGAGCAGAAGCAGGAGUAGGAGCAAGAGCAGGAGUAGGAGCAGGAGCAGGGAAAAGAAGAGGAGAUCAAGGGAAAGGGAGAGGGAGAGGAGGAGGAGCAGAAGCCGCAGCAGGGACAGAGAGAGGGAGAGGGAAAGGGACAGGGACAGAGACAGAGACAGGGACAGGGACAGGGAAAGAGACAGGAGAAGGUCAAGGAGCCAGGAAAGGUACAGGGGGAGGAGGGAGCGGAGCCGCAGCCGAGACAGGCACAGGGACAGGAAGGAAAGGGACAGGAGGGAGAGGAGCAGGAGCAGGGGGAGGGACAGGCACUCGAGAAGGAGCAGGAGCCGGAGCAGAGACAGAGACCGAGAACAGGAGAGAGGAAGAGGAAGCAAUCGUGAGGCCUUCAUCAACAGGCCGCCUGAUGAGAACCCUGUUGUUGGGAAGGUCUACGAAGGUAAAGUGACCAACAUCCUCAACUUUGGGUGCUUUGUGCAGCUGGAAGGACUACGAAGGAGACUGGAAGGUCUGGUCCACAUUUCACAGCUGCGCCGAGAAGGACGCGUGACAAAUGUGUCGGAUGUGGUGGUGAAGGGGCAGAAAGUGAAGGUGAAGGUCCUGUCUUUCACAGGCCAGAAGACAUCACUAUCCAUGAAGGAUGUUGACCAGGACACGGGUGAGGACCUCAACCCUAAUGUUGCACCCAUGGGAGGAAACAGCCAGGAUGAGGAUGCCAUGAGGAACCCAGACAGACCCAUGUCACUCAUGGAGCUGACCAAAGGCACAGACGAGGAAGACUUGGCCACGUACAAGCGUGUGAACCGCAUCUCGUCUCCGGAGCGGUGGGAGCUGAAGCAGAUGAUGGCUGCCAACUGCAUCAGCAAAUCCGAAUUCCCAGACUUUGAUGAGGAGCAGGGAGUGAUGGGCGGAGAGGAUGACGACGAAGAGGAUGUGGAGAUCGAGUUGGUAGAGGAGGAGCCGGCCUUCUUGCGUGGCUACGGGAGGGUGCGAGAGGAGCUGAGUCCCGUGAGGAUCAUGAAGAACCCUGAUGGGUCCCUGGCACAAGCUGCCAUGAUGCAGAGUGCCCUGGCUAAAGAGCGGCGUGAGGUGAAGAUGGCCCAGAGGGAGAGCGAGAUGGACUCGCAGCCUUCCAACCUUGGCCAGAACUGGAACGACCCUCUGCCCGAAACCCAGCGGAUAGACCCAGCCAUGUCACGCGGCAUGCCCACACAGCAGCAGGAGGUUCCAGAGUGGAAGAGACACAUCACAGGUGGUACAAGAGGAUCAUACGGUAAAAAGACAAACAUGUCCCUUCUGGAACAACGACAGAGCCUCCCCAUCUACAAGCUCCGUGACCAGCUGAUCAAGGCUGUUCACGAUAACCAGAUUCUGAUUGUUGUUGGGGAAACGGGUUCAGGGAAGACGACCCAGAUUACUCAGUAUUUGGCAGAAGUGGGUUUCACAGCCAAGGGUAAGAUUGGAUGCACGCAACCAAGGAGAGUGGCAGCAAUGUCCGUGGCCAAAAGGGUGUCAGAGGAGUUUGGUUGUCGCCUUGGCCAGGAGGUUGGCUACACUUUCCGAUUUGAAGAUUGCACUAGUUCAGAGACUGUUAUCAAGUACAUGACAGAGGGUAUGUUACGAAGAGAAUGCCUUAUAGACCGGGAUAUGUCCACAUAUGCAUGCAUUAUGUUGGAUGAAGCUCACGAGAGGACAAUACACACUGACGUGUUGUUUGGUCUCCUGAAGCAGGCCGUUGCCAAAAGGCCUGAGCUAAAGCUGAUUGUGACAUCAGCCACCCUAGAUGCAGUGAAAUUCUCUGAGUACUUCAACCAGGCUCCAAUCUUCACCAUCCCUGGCCGCACCUUCCCUGUUGAGAUUCUUUACACCCGAGAGCCUGAGACUGACUACCUGGACGCAGCACUGAUCACCGUGAUGCAGAUCCACCUGGCAGAGCCUCCAGGGGACAUCCUUGUGUUCCUUACAGGUCAAGAGGAGAUUGACACUGCGUGCGAGCUGCUGUAUGAACGCAUGAAAGCCCUGGGUAGCGAUGUACCCGAGCUGAUCAUCCUCCCUGUGUACUCAGCCCUUCCAUCCGAGAUGCAGACAAGGAUCUUCGAGCCCGCUCCACCUGGCUCCAGAAAAGUAGUCAUUGCCACCAACAUUGCUGAGACUUCACUCACCAUUGAUGGUGUCUACUAUGUUGUUGAUCCAGGAUUUGUGAAGCAGAAUGUGUACAACCCCAAGACAGGCAUGGACUCCCUGAUGGUGACACCUGUCUCUCAGGCUGGAGCCAAGCAGAGGGCAGGACGUGCUGGUCGCACAGGCCCUGGCAAGACCUACAGACUCUACACUGAGAGAGCAUAUAGAGAUGAGAUGUUGCCGACAAGUGUGCCAGACAUUCAGCGUACAAAUUUGGCAGACACUGUGCUUCAGCUUAAAGCUAUGGGGAUUAAUGAUCUCUUGGGCUUCGACUUCAUGGACCCGCCUCCCACAGAUGCUAUGGUCAUGGCCCUAGGAACCUUGCAUUCACUAAGUGCCCUGGAUGAUGAGGGUUUGCUGACGAGGCUGGGGCGCAGGAUGGCCGACUUCCCUCUUGACCCAAACCUCUCCAAGAUGCUCAUCAUGUCGGUUCACCUGCAGUGUUCUGAUGAAAUCCUGACCAUUGUCUCCAUGCUGUCUGUGCAGAAUGUGUUCUACAGACCCAAGGAGAAGCAGGCUUUGGCAGACCAGAAGAAGGCCAAGUUCAACCAGGCAGAGGGCGACCACCUCACCCUGCUUGCCGUCUACAACUCGUGGAAGAACAACAAGUUCUCGAAUGCCUGGUGCUUCGAGAACUUUGUCCAGAUGCGCACGCUCAAGAGGGCACAGGACGUGAGGAAGCAGCUCUUGGGCAUCAUGGACAGGCACAAGCUGGAUGUGGUCUCUUGUGGCAAGAAUGUGGCCAGAGCCCAGAAGGCCAUCUGCUCCGGGUUCUUCCGUAAUGUGGCCAAGAAGGACCCUCAGGAGGGCUACCGAACCCUAGUCGACUCACAGGUGGUCUACAUUCACCCGUCUUCGUCCCUUUUCAACAGACAACCAGAGUGGUAG